UCUAUAUUGUUAUGCUCUUCAUCUCCAGUUGAUGGCGAGUAAGCAGAGGAUGGACUAUUAGACGUCAUUACCACUCCCAGUCUGCUCCAACCUUCCCCUUCUCCGCUCACUGUUGACGGCGCAUAUUGAUGGAGCCGAGUUGCGGAGAGGGGGUGCGCGGAGGGAAAACAGCUUCAAUUCAUUUGGAAAUGUGGGAUCGGGAAUAAAACUAUCUUGGAAUACGAUAUUUAUUUUUGGCGCCUUUGGAUAUAUGUGGUCUGACUUUUGUUUUCAGGGAUUCGAUUUUUUUGCAAACGUUUUACAACUUUUUCAGUCAAACGAAAUAACUUUGAUUCUGAGUCAAAACCCCUUUUCUUUAAUGUUUUGAUAUGUAAACCAUUGGAUGGCGGCUGUUUUCGCGUAACGUCAUGUUCUUCCCUCGGUUUGAAGUGGACAAUGAAGUUAUGGGAUAGCCUGACCACUUGUUUGUUUCUGCUGAGCUCCGUGCACACGAGCCCCCGGACACAACCGCGCCGACCACCGCCGUCCACCUCAGAUCCCCCCGAGAGACCCCUCGAAACGCCGCCAGUUAAGAUCCGAUUAUCAAUAAAUCCAGCUGCCAACACCCGAGUCUUCACGGACCGAGACGAUCUAGAAAGGAUGGCAGAUACUGAACAAAGCGCGGUAGAGGAGCGCCUGGCCGAGUGUCUGGACGGCGCCGUGGACGCUGUCCGAGUGACCGUCAGCCGAAAGCCCCGCUCUGCCUCUCAGUCUGCCUCUCCUCCUCCUUCCCCUUCGUCCUCCCCCUCCACCGCCCCGGCCACCGCCAGGGUCAACCUGAGCUCCAGGGCUCGCCACAGAAGGGGGAGGAAGACGGCAGUGAGCGAGAGGAGCAGUAGGGGCGGAAGAGGAGGAGGAGGAGGAGUUAAAGGGGCCAGGAGGAGGAAUGGGAAAAGAGGAAGAGGGGGACAGGGCUGCGUGCUGAAGCAGAUCCAUCUCAACGUGACAGACCUGGGCCUGGGCUACCAGUCUGAGGAGGAGAUGAUAUUCAGGUACUGCUCUGGGCCGUGUCGGAAGUCCGAGACAAACUACGACAAGAUCCUUCACAACAUCGCUCACGACAGGAGGCUGGGCGCCAGAGACGCGCCCCCCAACCCCUGCUGCCGCCCAAUAGCAUUCGACGAUAACCUAUCCUUUCUGGACGACAACCUGGUGUACCACACCAUACGGAAGCACUCUGCCAGGAGGUGCGGUUGCGUGUAGCACGGGGACCUGCAGACCUGCUCCAGCCUUCACCGGGUCCUGCUGCGAGCCAGGUCUCUCUGCUUCCCUCUGUCUCAUGUUCUCAAGAGUUUUAAUUGAUCACGUCGUCAGGAAACACUCUGCUAGAGCUGUGUGUGUGUGUGUGUGCGUGUGUGCGUGUGUGUGUGUGUGUGUGUGUGUGUGUGUGUGUUAGUGAUGCUUAGGAACGCAAGAGACAAUAAAGAUAACCGAGGCCCAAAUGGAGUGUGCCUCAAUAUGGCAGAGCUGGGACCCUUUAAAAGCUCUGUGCUGGCUCCUCAACAUCACUCUGAUGCUUCUGUUAUCUCCCUGGUGGUUCUGCCAGAUUCAACCUCAUCCAUUCCUACAGUGUAAACAAUCUAUGUCCAACUUCAAAUGUGUUCACUUAUGAAAAGGAUUCUCAAACUCUUAAGUAACUUAUUGUUAUUUAUUAUUUCUUGUAUAAAAUGAGUAAAAAUAAUGAAAUCAACUAUUUAUUGUUAUUGUUGGAAGUUAUAUAAUGGAGUAUGCCAACGAUUGAAUUAAAAUAGGCAAGAUUAUUUGCAAAGUGAUGAAGAACGCAAAAUAUCACACAGUAGACUAGUAAUGGUGUUUAAAUGCACAGAAAUAUAGCUGACAGAAUGCUUUAACCGUUUACAUGUUCCUUGAUUGCCUGACUGUUGGAAAUAUAUUUACUUGUUUGGUCUUUUUGUGAGUGUUAAGCAUUUUUUAUGUUGACAUUUCAUUAUUUGUAACCAAACGUGUAUUCUUGCUCCAAAACAUGCCUUUAUUUUUCUACCACGUUAUAAUUAUGAUAUCAUUAUUAUUUUACCAUAUUAAUAUUAUUAAAUCAACCAUAAUGUAUAGUAA